UCACUUGUCUCUUGUGUCUCAGUGCGAGCGGUAACCGGUCACCGAGCUCCCCCACCCCCUGUCACAGCAAAGCCAUGGCGGAUCCCGGCGGAGGAGAGGACGGUUCGGCCAACCUGGAGGUGUCUGCCGCGGUGCAGAAUGUGGCGGACACCUCGGUGCUGCAGAAACACAUCCGAAAGCUGGUCCCCCUUCUGCUGGAAGAUGGCGGCGAGGCCCCGGCCUCCCUGGAGUCCGCCCUGGAGGAGAAGAGCGCCCUGGAACAGAUGAGAAAGUUCCUGGCUGACCCCCAGAUUCACACCAUCCUGGUAGAGAGGAGCACCCUGAAAGAGGAUGUUGGUGAUGAAGGGGAAGAAGAGCGAGAAUUCAUUUCUUACAAUGUUAACAUUGAUAUUCACUAUGGACUUAAGUCAAACAGUUUGGCGUUUAUCAAACGUACACCAGUCAUUGAUGCUGACAAACCUAUUUCAUCCCAACUGCGAGUUCUUACACUCAGUGAAGAUUCUCCAUAUGAAACAUUGCACUCUUUCAUCAGCAAUGCUGUUGCUCCUUUUUUUAAAUCUUACAUCAAAGAAUCUGGGAAAGCAGACAGGGAUGGUGACAAAAUGGCUCCCUCUGUUGAAAAGAAGAUUGCUGAAUUGGAAAUGGGACUUUUACACUUACAACAGAACAUUGAAAUCCCAGAGAUUAGUUUACUGAUACAUCCAAAUAUCACUAAUGUCGCAAAACAAUGCUAUGAAAGGGGAGAAAAACCCAAGGUCACAGAUUUCGGUGACAAAGUGGAGGAUCCUACAUUCCUUAAUCAGCUGCAGUCUGGUGUUAAUCGUUGGAUCAGAGAAAUACAAAAGGUAACCAAACUUGAUCGCGAUCCAGCAUCUGGUACUGCUUUGCAAGAGAUCAGUUUUUGGCUAAAUUUAGAGCGAGCCUUAUACCGCAUUCAAGAGAAAAGGGAGAGUCCAGAGGUUCUCUUAACUUUGGAUAUAUUGAAGCAUGGCAAACGUUUCCAUGCCACAGUGAGCUUUGAUACAGACACAGGUCUGAAGCAAGCACUGGAAACGGUCAAUGAUUACAACCCUCUAAUGAAAGACUUCCCUUUGAAUGAUCUCUUGUCCGCCACUGAACUUGAUAAAAUUAGGCAAGCACUUGUUGCAAUCUUCACUCAUCUCCGAAAAAUCAGGAACACAAAAUAUCCGAUUCAGCGGGCCCUGCGACUCGUAGAAGCCAUAUCAAGAGACCUCAGCUCUCAACUUCUCAAAGUUCUGGGGACAAGGAAACUCAUGCAUGUGGCAUAUGAAGAAUUUGAAAAGGUCAUGGUUGCCUGUUUUGAGGUUUUCCAAACUUGGGAUGAUGAAUAUGAGAAACUCCAGGUCCUACUGAGGGACAUUGUCAAAAGAAAGCGGGAAGAAAAUUUAAAAAUGGUCUGGAGAAUUAAUCCAGCUCACCGCAAGCUGCAGUCUCGUUUGGACCAGAUGAGAAAAUUCAGACGUCAGCAUGAACAACUCCGGGCUGUCAUUGUCCGUGUCCUUAGACCUCAGGUCACUGCUGUUGCUCAACAAAAUCAAGGAGAAGUUCCGGAACCCCAGGAUUUAAAAGUAACAGAAGUCCUCUUUGAUGCUGCUGAUGCUAAUGCAAUUGAGGAGGUGAAUCUUGCAUAUGAGAAUGUCAAGGAGGUGGAUGGUUUAGAUGUUUCAAAAGAAGGAACGGAAGCCUGGGAAGCAGCUCUGAAGAGAUACGAUGAGAGAAUAGAUAGAGUGGAGACGAGAAUUACUGCUAGACUUCGAGAUCAGCUGGGUACAGCAAAGAAUGCCAAUGAAAUGUUCAGAAUCUUCUCACGAUUCAAUGCCCUCUUUGUCAGACCACACAUCAGAGGUGCCAUCCGUGAAUAUCAAACUCAACUUAUCCAACGUGUAAAGGAUGACAUUGAAUCUCUUCAUGACAAAUUCAAAGUGCAGUACCCUCAAAGUCAAGCAUGCAAGAUGAGCCAUGUUCGCGACUUGCCUCCAGUCUCUGGCUCCAUUAUCUGGGCCAAGCAGAUUGAUCGGCAGCUCACUGCUUACAUGAAACGUGUGGAAGAUGUUCUUGGCAAAGGAUGGGAGAACCAUGUGGAAGGGCAGAAACUAAAGCAAGACGGAGACAGCUUUCGCAUGAAACUGAAUACUCAAGAAAUCUUUGACGAUUGGGCAAGGAAAGUCCAACAACGUAACCUUGGUGUCUCCGGGCGCAUUUUUACCAUUGAAAGCACACGAGCCAGAGGUCGGACUGGAAAUGUGCUGAAGUUGAAGGUCAACUUUCUGCCUGAAAUCAUAACCCUCUCCAAAGAAGUCAGGAACCUAAAAUGGCUCGGCUUCCGUGUUCCGCUGGCAAUUGUUAACAAAGCUCACCAGGCGAAUCAGCUUUAUCCUUUUGCAAUCUCUCUGAUCGAGAGUGUCCGUACGUAUGAACGCACUUGUGAGAAAGUCGAAGAGCGUAACAGUAUUAGCUUACUUGUUGCCGGCUUGAAGAAGGAAGUGCAAGCUUUGAUAGCAGAAGGAAUUGCCCUGGUGUGGGAGUCCUACAAACUGGAUCCUUAUGUCCAGCGUUUGGCAGAAACUGUUUUCAACUUUCAAGAAAAGGUUGAUGAUCUUCUCAUCAUCGAAGAAAAAAUAGAUUUGGAGGUCAGAUCAUUGGAAACGUGCAUGUAUGAGCACAAAAUAUUCACUGAAAUCUUGAACAGGGUUCAAAAAGCUGUGGAUGAUUUGAACCUUCACUCCUACUCUAACCUGCCCAUCUGGGUUAACAAACUGGACAUGGAGAUUGAAAGAAUCCUUGGAGUCCGUCUUCAAGCAGGUUUGAAAACAUGGACUCAGGUUCUUAUGGGUCAAUUUGAUGACAAAGCAGAAGUUGAUAUGGACACUGAUGCACCACAACUCAGCCAUAAACCAGGUGGUGAGCCAAAAAUCAAGAACAUUGUGCAUGAACUCAGAAUUACCAACCAGGUUAUUUACCUGAACCCACCAAUUGAAGAUUGCAGAUACAAGUUGUUUCAAGAAAUGUUCUCAUGGAAGACGGUGAUUUUAUCGCUUCCCAGAAUUCAGAGUCAAAGAUACCAGGUCGGUGUCCACUAUGAAUUGUCAGAAGAGGAGAAAUAUUACAGAAACGCAUUAACUCGGAUGCCAGAUGGGCCUGCCGGUCUGGAUGAAGCUUACUCUGCUGUGAUGGGCAUUGUGACUGAAGUUGAGCAGUAUGUCAAGGUGUGGUUGCAGUACCAGUGCUUGUGGGAUAUGCAAGCUGAAAAUAUCUAUAAUCGUCUUGGUGAAGAUCUGAAUAAAUGGCAGGCUCUACUUGUCCAGAUUCGAAAGGCCAGAGGAACAUUUGAUAACGCAGAGACCAGGAAAGAUUUUGGACCGGUUAUCAUUGAUUAUGGAAAGGUCCAGUCUAAAGUCAACUUGAAAUAUGAUUCCUGGCAUAAGGAGGUUCUGAGCAAAUUUGGUCAGAUGCUUGGACAAAAUAUGACAGAGUUUCACUCACAGAUCUCAAAGUCGCGCCAAGAGCUGGAGCAGCAUUCAGUUGAUACAGCCAGUACUUCGGAUGCGGUGACCUUCAUUACCUACGUCCAGUCUCUGAAAAGAAAAAUCAAGCAGUUUGAGAAACAAGUCGAUCUCUACAGAAAUGGACAGCGCUUGCUUGAAAAACAAAGGUUCCAGUUUCCCUCGUCCUGGUUGUACAUUGACAACAUUGAAGGGGAAUGGGGUGCAUUUAAUGACAUCAUGCGCAGAAAGGAUUCUGCCAUCCAGCAGCAAGUGGCCAACCUGCAGAUGAAAAUUGUCCAGGAAGACCGCGCUGUUGAAAGCCGCACCAUUGAUCUGCUGACGGACUGGGAGAAGACCAAACCAGUGGCUGGAAGCUUGCGUCCAGAGGAUGCUCUUCAAGCACUCACCAUAUACGAAGGAAAGUUUGGCCGAUUGAAAGAUGAUCGAGAAAAAUGUGCUAAGGCCAAGGAAGCCUUAGAGCUAACAGACACUGGACUCUUGAGCGGCAGUGAAGAACGCGUUCAGGUAGCUCUGGAGGAAUUGCAAGACUUAAAGGGUGUUUGGUCUGAGCUCUCGAAAGUCUGGGAACAGAUUGACCAAAUGAAGGAGCAACCAUGGGUGUCUGUACAACCACGCAAGCUGCGGCAGAGCUUAGAUGGGCUGUUGAAUCAGUUGAAGAAUUUCCCUGCCCGUCUGAGACAGUACGCAUCCUAUGAGUAUGUUCAGCGACUUCUGAAGGGCUACAUGAAGAUAAACAUGUUAGUCAUUGAGCUUAAGUCGGAGGCCCUAAAAGACCGACAUUGGAAACAACUAAUGAAGAGACUUCGUGUGAACUGGGUGGUAUCAGAACUUACCCUGGGACAGAUCUGGGAUGUUGACUUGCAAAGAAAUGAAGCCAUUGUCAAAGAUGUUUUACUUGUGGCGCAAGGUGAAAUGGCGCUGGAGGAGUUCUUGAAACAGAUUCGGGAAGUGUGGAAUGCUUAUGAGCUGGAUUUGGUCAACUAUCAAAACAAAUGCCGCCUGAUCCGUGGCUGGGAUGAUCUGUUCAAUAAAGUCAAGGAACAUAUCAACAGCGUCUCUGCCAUGAAGCUUUCUCCUUACUACAAGGUUUUCGAAGAAGAUGCUUUGAGCUGGGAAGACAAAUUGAAUCGGAUUAUGGCACUUUUCGAUGUGUGGAUUGAUGUCCAGAGGCGCUGGGUGUACCUGGAAGGCAUUUUUACUGGCAGUGCUGAUAUCAAACACCUUCUUCCUGUCGAAACGCAGCGAUUCCAGAGCAUCAGCAUGGAGUUCUUGGCUCUUAUGAAGAAGGUCACCAAAUCUCCCCUGGUCAUGGAUGUGCUGAAUAUACAGGGAGUUCAGAGAUCUCUUGAAAGAUUAGCAGACCUUCUGGGCAAGAUCCAAAAAGCUUUAGGAGAAUAUUUGGAAAGGGAGCGCUCAUCAUUCCCUCGAUUUUACUUUGUUGGUGAUGAAGACUUGCUGGAAAUUAUCGGCAACAGCAAAAAUGUGGCCAAGCUACAGAAACACUUCAAAAAAAUGUUUGCUGGUGUCUCAAGCAUCAUUUUAAAUGAAGACAGUUCCAUAGUUCUGGGAAUUUCUUCACGAGAAGGCGAAGAGGUUCUGUUUAAGACCCCGGUGUCAAUCACAGAGCAUCCCAAAAUCAAUGAGUGGCUUACUUUGGUUGAGAAAGAGAUGAGGGUGACUUUGGCUAAGCUGCUAGCAGAAUCUGUCACAGAAGUUGAGAUCUUUGGAAAGUCCACAUCAAUUGACCCUGCCACCUACAUAUCCUGGAUCGACAAGUAUCAGGCCCAAUUAGUUGUUCUUUCUGCUCAAAUCGCUUGGUCUGAAAAUGUGGAGAAUGCCCUAACUAACAUUGCCAACGGAGGAGAUGCAAGCGCAAUGCCGGCCGUGCUUACCAAUGUGGAGGCUACUCUGACUGUCUUGGCAGAUUCAGUGUUAAUGGAACAGCCACCUUUGCGUAGGAGGAAGCUUGAACAUUUGAUCACUGAGCUGGUGCACCAAAGGGACGUUACAAGAACUCUCAUUAAAAACCGGAUUGACAACCCGAAGUCCUUUGAAUGGCUAAGCCAGAUGAGAUUCUACUUUGAUCCUAAACAGACAGAUGUUUUGCAGCAGCUUUCAAUUCAGAUGGCAAAUGCAAAGUUCAAUUACGGCUUUGAAUACCUCGGAGUUCAGGAUAAACUUGUGCAAACUCCUCUCACAGAUCGCUGUUACUUGACAAUGACCCAGGCCCUGGAGGCAAGACUUGGAGGAUCACCAUUUGGCCCUGCAGGUACUGGGAAAACUGAGUCUGUCAAAGCCUUGGGACACCAGCUUGGCCGCUUUGUGCUGGUCUUCAACUGUGAUGAAACAUUUGACUUUCAGGCGAUGGGUCGAAUUUUUGUGGGUCUGUGUCAGGUCGGUGCCUGGGGCUGUUUUGAUGAGUUCAACAGACUUGAGGAACGCAUGCUGUCUGCAGUUUCUCAACAAGUACAGUGUAUCCAGGAAGCCCUGCGAGAGCAUUCCAAUCCCAACCGUGACAGGACACUUACGAUUACUUGUGAACUGCUGAACAAGCAGGUGAAGGUCAGUCCUGACAUGGCCAUCUUCAUUACAAUGAAUCCUGGAUAUGCUGGUCGAUCCAACUUGCCUGAUAACUUAAAGAAGCUGUUCCGAAGCUUGGCCAUGACCAAGCCUGACCGCCAAUUGAUAGCACAGGUCAUGUUGUACUCCCAAGGCUUCAGGACUGCAGAAGUGCUUGCCAACAAGAUUGUCCCAUUCUUCAAGCUGUGUGAUGAGCAGCUUUCUUCUCAGAGCCAUUAUGAUUUUGGUCUGAGAGCUCUGAAGAGUGUCUUGGUCAGUGCUGGCAACGUGAAACGAGAGAGAAUCCAGAAGAUCAAGAGGGAAAAAGAGGAACGUGGAGAAUUUGCAGUGGAAGGGCAAGUUGCUGAACACUUGCCAGAGCAAGAAAUUUUGAUCCAAAGUGUUUGUGAAACAAUGGUGCCAAAACUGGUUGCUGAAGAUAUUCCUCUGCUGUUCAGUCUUUUGUCUGAUGUUUUCCCUGGCGUCCAAUACCAGAGGGGUGAAAUGACAGCCCUUCGUGAAGAGCUGAAGAAAGUAUGCCAGGAAAUGUACCUCACGUACGGUGAUGGAGAAGAAGUUGGUGGCAUGUGGGUGGAGAAGGUUCUACAGCUGUAUCAAAUCACACAAAUCAACCAUGGUUUGAUGAUGGUGGGUCCAUCUGGAAGUGGCAAGACAAUGGCUUGGAGAGUCUUGUUGAAGGCUUUGGAAAGAUUGGAAGGGGUUGAAGGUGUUUCCCACAUCAUCGAUCCCAAAGCGAUCAGUAAAGAUCAUCUAUAUGGCACAUUGGACCCAAACACCCGAGAAUGGACUGAUGGGUUGUUUACACAUGUUCUCAGGAAGAUUAUAGACAAUGUCAGAGGUGAACUACAGAAACGACAGUGGAUUAUCUUCGAUGGUGAUGUAGAUCCAGAGUGGGUAGAAAACUUGAAUUCUGUUCUGGAUGAUAACAAACUUCUAACUCUUCCCAAUGGAGAACGUCUCAGCCUCCCACCAAAUGUGCGUAUUAUGUUUGAAGUACAAGAUCUGAAGUAUGCUACUUUGGCCACGGUAUCCAGAUGUGGCAUGGUCUGGUUCAGUGAGGAUGUCUUGAGUACAGAUAUGAUCUUCAACCACUUCCUGGCCAGAAUGCGCAGUAUCCCUCUGGAUGAGGGAGAAGAUGAGGCCCAGAGAAUGAGAAAGGGCAAAGAAGAUGAAGAAGAAUCAUCCUCCCCAAUGCUUCAGAUCCAGAGGGAUGCUGCAACUGUCUUGCAGCCAUAUUUCACUUCGAAUGGACUGGUCAUCAAAGCUCUUGAGCAUGCUUUCAAGCUGGAGCACAUCAUGGAUCUAACACGUCUACGCUGCCUGGGAUCUCUCUUCUCCAUGUUGCACCAGGCUUGCCGCAACAUUGCCCAGUACAAUAACAACCAUCCUGAUUUUCCAAUGCCAAUUGACCAGCUUGAACGCUACAUACAGCGUUACCUCAUUUAUGCUGUUCUUUGGUCAUUUUCUGGUGACGGCCGUCUGAAAAUGAGGGCUGAACUGGGCGAAUACAUCCGAAGGAUAACCACCAUACCCCUUCCAAUUGCACCCAACAUCCCAAUCAUUGAUUACGAGGUGUCUAUCAGUGGUGAAUGGGUGCCUUGGCAAGCCAAAGUCCCUCAGAUCGAAGUGGAAACCCACAAGGUUGCUGCCCCCGAUGUUGUCGUGCCCACUCUGGAUACAGUUCGUCAUGAAGCUUUGCUGUACACAUGGCUGGCAGAACACAAACCACUAGUCCUCUGUGGUCCUCCUGGAUCUGGAAAAACCAUGACUCUGUUUAGUGCGUUGAGAGCACUCCCUGAUAUGGAGGUCGUUGGAUUGAACUUCUCCAGUGCCACCACACCAGAACUUCUCCUUAAAACCUUUGAUCACUACUGUGAAUACCGCCGAACACCAAACGGUGUAGUUCUAGCACCUGUACAACUUGGGAAAUGGUUGGUGCUCUUCUGCGAUGAAAUAAAUCUUCCGGACAUGGACAAAUAUGGCACACAGAGAGUUAUAUCUUUCAUCAGACAGAUGGUUGAACAUGGAGGCUUUUACAGGACCUCUGAUCAAACGUGGGUGAAACUGGAAAGGAUUCAGUUUGUUGGUGCUUGUAACCCACCGACCGACCCUGGAAGAAAGCCUCUGUCCCACAGAUUCUUGCGUCAUGUACCAGUAGUUUAUGUAGAUUAUCCAGGUCCAGCAUCAUUGACUCAGAUCUACGGAACAUUCAACCGCGCAAUGCUGCGACUCAUUCCUUCUCUGCGCACGUACGCAGAGCCUCUGACUGCAGCCAUGGUAGAGUUUUACACAAUGUCACAGGAGAGGUUUACCCAAGAUACCCAGCCCCAUUACAUCUACUCGCCCCGUGAAAUGACCCGUUGGGUGAGAGGUAUAUUUGAAGCACUGAGACCGCUUGAAACGCUUCCUGUGGAAGGAUUGAUCAGAAUUUGGGCACACGAAGCCCUUCGACUCUUCCAAGACAGACUUGUUGAAGAUGAAGAGAGACGCUGGACAGAUGAGAACAUAGACAUUGUGGCUCUGAAACACUUCCCUAACGUGGAGAAGGAAAAAGCAUUGAACAGACCCAUUCUGUACAGCAACUGGCUCUCAAAGGAUUACAUACCAGUUGAGCAGGAAGAGCUGAGGGAUUAUGUAAAAGCACGUCUGAGAGUAUUUUAUGAAGAAGAGUUGGAUGUGCCACUUGUACUGUUCAAUGAAGUUCUGGAUCAUGUCCUGAGAAUCGAUCGUAUUUUCAGACAACCACAGGGUCAUUUACUGCUCAUUGGAGUGAGUGGGGCAGGGAAGACUACCCUUUCACGUUUCGUUGCUUGGAUGAAUGGUCUCAGUGUCUAUCAGAUCAAGGUGCACCGCAAAUACACUGGUGAAGACUUUGACGAAGAUCUAAGAACAGUACUGAGACGUUCAGGCUGCAAGAACGAAAAGAUUGCUUUCAUCAUGGACGAGUCUAAUGUCUUGGAUUCAGGGUUCCUGGAACGCAUGAACACACUGUUGGCCAAUGGAGAGGUUCCAGGUCUGUUUGAGGGUGACGAAUAUUCAACCUUAAUGACACAGUGUAAGGAGGGAGCCCAAAAAGAAGGUUUGAUGCUGGAUUCACAUGAAGAAUUGUACAAAUGGUUCACUAGCCAAGUUAUACGCAAUCUUCAUGUUGUCUUCACCAUGAAUCCAUCCUCAGAAGGUCUGAAAGAUCGAGCUGCUACAUCUCCAGCUCUCUUUAACAGGUGUGUUUUGAAUUGGUUUGGUGACUGGUCCAAUGAAGCACUCUAUCAAGUCGGCAAGGAGUUCACAAGCAAAAUGGACCUUGAAAAGCCAAACUACAUUGUGCCAGACUACAUGCCUGUUGUUUAUGAUAAAUUGCCGCAGCCACCUUCUCACAGAGAAGCAAUUGUCAACGGCUGUGUGUUUGUCCACCAAACUCUUCAUCAGGCCAAUGCAAGACUUGCAAAGAGAGGAGGGAGGACCAUGGCCAUUACACCACGUCAUUAUUUGGACUUCAUCAACCACUAUGCCGAUCUGUUCAACGAGAAACGCAGUGAGCUGGAGGAACAGCAGAUGCAUUUGAACGUUGGUCUGAGAAAAAUCAAAGAAACUGUGGAUCAGGUGGAAGAACUGCGUCGGGACCUGCGUAUAAAAAGCCAGGAACUAGAAGUCAAAAAUGCAGCAGCUAAUGACAAACUAAAGAAAAUGGUGAAAGAUCAACAGGAAGCUGAAAAGAAAAAGGUAAUGAGCCAGGAGAUCCAAGAACAAUUACACAAACAGCAGGCCAUCAUUGCAGACAAACAGAUGAGUGUAAAGGAGGAUUUGGACCAAGUGGAGCCUGCGGUCAUUGAAGCUCAAAAUGCGGUGAGUUCUAUAAAAAGACAGCACCUUGUUGAAGUUAAAGCAAUGGGAAAUCCUCCUGCUGCAGUAAAACUGGCCUUAGAAUCUAUCUGUCUUCUUCUGGGGGAGGAGACGAGUGACUGGAAAAAGAUCAGGACAGUUUUUCUCAGGGAUAAUUUCAUCACCAACAUUAUCAACCUUAAUGCCCUGGAUUUAAGUGAUGCCAUCCGGGAGAAGAUGAAGAAAAACUAUAUGUCAAAUCCAAGUUACAAUUAUGAGAUCGUAAACAGGGCUUCGCUGGCUUGUGGUCCCAUGGUAAAAUGGGCUAUUGCACAGCUGAACUACGCAGACAUGUUAAAACGUGUUGAGCCUCUCAGAAACGAGCUGCAGAAACUGGAGGAUGAUGCCAAAGACAACCAAGCUAAAGCAAAUGAAGUGGAACAGAUGAUCCAUGACCUGGAAGCCAGCAUUGCGCGCUAUAAGGAGGAAUACGCUGUUCUGAUUUCUGAAGCUCAGGCAAUUAAAGCCGACUUGGCUGCUGUUGAAGCAAAGGUGAACCGCAGUACUGCCCUCCUGAAAAGUUUAUCUGCUGAACGAGAAAGAUGGGAGAAGACCAGCGAAACCUUCAAAAACCAGAUGUCCACUAUUGCUGGUGACUGCCUGCUGUCUGCAGCUUUCAUUGCAUAUGCCGGCUACUUUGACCAACAGAUGCGUCAGAACCUAUUCACAACAUGGUCUCACCAUUUGCAGCAAGCCAACAUCCAGUUCCGCACAGACAUUGCAAGAACAGAAUAUCUCUCCAAUGCAGAUGAACGCCUUCGCUGGCAAGCAAGCUCUUUACCCGCUGAUGAUUUGUGCACAGAAAAUGCCAUCAUGUUGAAACGGUUUAAUAGAUAUCCUCUGAUUAUCGAUCCUUCUGGUCAAGCUACGGAGUUUAUCAUGAAUGAAUACAAAGAUCGCAAAAUUACACGUACCAGCUUCUUGGAUGAUGCGUUUAGGAAGAAUUUAGAAAGUGCUCUCCGUUUCGGUAACCCACUUCUGGUGCAGGAUGUUGAAAGCUAUGAUCCAAUUCUGAAUCCUGUACUGAACCGUGAAGUUCGUCGAACUGGUGGCAGAGUGCUGAUCACUCUAGGAGAUCAAGACAUUGAUUUGUCCCCAUCAUUUGUCAUCUUCCUCUCGACCAGAGACCCCACAGUUGAGUUCCCACCAGAUCUCUGCUCCCGUGUGACAUUUGUAAACUUCACAGUAACUCGCAGUAGUUUGCAGAGUCAGUGUUUGAAUGAGGUCCUUAAAGCUGAAAGACCUGAUGUAGACGAAAAGCGAUCAGAUCUUCUUAAACUACAAGGGGAAUUUCAGCUACGUUUACGACAGCUGGAGAAGUCCCUUCUCCAGGCUCUGAAUGAGGUGAAAGGACGCAUUUUGGAUGACGACACAAUUAUCACUACGUUGGAGAACCUCAAGAAAGAGGCGGCAGAAGUCACCCGUAAAGUGGCAGAAACGGAUAUCAUCAUGCAGGAGGUGGAGACUGUAUCUCAGCAGUACCUACCUCUCUCUACAGCUUGCAGCAGCAUUUAUUUUACAAUGGAGUCUCUCAAACAAAUACACUUCUUGUACCAGUAUUCAUUGCAAUUUUUCUUGGAUAUAUACCACACUGUACUAUAUGAGAAUGCGAAUCUGAAAGGUACCACGGACCACACUCAGCGUCUCUCUGUGAUCACUAAAGACCUCUUCCAGGUUGCAUUCAACAGGGUGGCGAGAGGAAUGCUACACAAUGAUCACCUGACAUUUGCCAUGCUCCUCGCAAGAAUAAAACUGAAGGGAACGAUUGGGGAACCUACUUAUGAUCUGGAAUUCCAACAUUUCCUAAGAGGACGAGAGAUUGUUCUUGGAUCAUCAUCCGUACCCAAAAUCAAUGGUCUUUCAGAGGAGCAAGUGGAAGCCAUGAUACGCCUUGGCAACUUGCCAGAGUUCAAGGACGUGAUGGCAAAGGUCGAAGCAGAUGAACAAUUCUGCAUCUGGCUGGAGAGCAGCUCCCCAGAACAGACUGUACCAUACAUCUGGAGUGAUGAAAAGCCAGCAACACCUAUUGGGCAAGCUGUCCGUCGUUUACUCCUUGUUCAGGCUUUCCGACCUGAUCGCCUGCUAGCUAUGGCGCACAUCUUUGUAUCUACAAUCCUUGGCGAUUCCUUUAUGACCGUCAUAGACCAGCCGCUGGACCUGGCACACAUUGUGGACACAGAGGUAAAACCCAGCACACCAAUUUUGAUGUGUUCUGUUCCGGGUUAUGAUGCCAGUGGACGUGGUGAAGACUUAGCAGCUGAACAAAACACCCAGAUUACAUCUAUUGCUAUCGGCUCGGCCGAGGGUUUCAGUCAAGCUGAGAAAGCCAUAAACACAGCUGUGAAAUCGGGCAGAUGGGUGAUGCUGAAAAACGUGCAUUUGGCCCCAGGCUGGCUGAUGCAGUUGGAGAAGAAACUUCAUUCCCUGCAGCCACAUUCCUGCUUCAGACUUUUCCUAACAAUGGAAAUCAACCCUAAGGUACCUGUGAACUUACUCCGUGCUGGACGCAUCUUUGUCUUUGAGCCACCUCCUGGUGUGAAGGCCAACAUGCUGAGGACUUUCAGCAGCAUCCCUGUCUCCAGGAUUUGUAAAGCUCCAAAUGAGCGUGCUCGUUUAUACUUCCUCUUGGCCUGGUUCCAUGCUAUCAUCCAAGAGCGUCUGCGAUAUGCACCUUUAGGCUGGUCUAAGAAAUAUGAGUUUGGCGAAUCCGAUCUCCGAUCUGCCUGUGACACUGUGGACACGUGGCUGGAUGACACUACAAAGGGACGUCAAAACAUUUCUCCAGAUAAGAUCCCAUGGUCUGCCUUGAAGACUCUUAUGGCCCAGUCCAUUUAUGGUGGUCGAAUUGACAACGAAUUUGACCAGAGGCUACUCAACACUUUUCUUGAGAGGCUUUUCACAACUUCUAGUUUUGACAGUGAAUUUAAACUGGCUUGCAAAGUGGACGGACAUAAAGAUAUCCAAAUGCCAGAUGGCAUAAGACGUGAUGAGUUUGUUCAGUGGGUGGAAUUACUCCCAGACACACAGACCCCAUCCUGGCUUGGCUUACCAAACAACGCAGAGCGAGUACUCCUCACCACACAGGGCAUUGACAUGAUCAGCAAAAUGCUGAAAAUGCAAAUGCUGGAGGAUGAGGAUGACCUAGCUUAUGCAGAAACCGAGAAGAAACAAAGAACAGACUCCACAUCGGACGGUCGCCCAGCCUGGAUGCGAACCUUACACGUGACUGCUUGCAACUGGCUCCAAGUUAUCCCGCAGUCUCUCAACCAUCUAAAACGCACUGUAGAAAAUAUUAAGGACCCGCUCUUCAGAUUUUUUGAACGGGAGGUUAAGAUGGGAGCAAAAUUGCUUCUGGAUGUGCGUCAGGACCUAACAGAUGUUGUCCAGGUGUGCGAGGGGAAGAAGAAGCAAACAAACUAUCUGAGAACGCUGAUCAAUGAGCUGGUUAAAGGUAUUCUGCCUCGCAGCUGGUCUCGAUUCACUGUUCCUGCUGGAAUGACAGUCAUACAAUGGGUCUCAGAUUUUAGUGACCGGAUCAAACAACUUCAAAAUAUCUCACAGGCCGCAGCUGCAAGUGGAGCAAAGGAAUUGAAGAACAUCCACGUGUGGAUUGGUGGCUUGUUUGUCCCAGAGGCUUAUAUCACAGCCACAAGACAGUACGUCGCACAGGCCAAUAGCUGGUCUCUGGAAGAGCUGUGCCUGGAUGUGAGUGUUACUACAUCCCUGACUGCAGUGCUGGAUGCCUACAGCUUUGGAAUCACAGGUCUGAAACUUCAAGGAGCUACAUGCACAAACAAUAAACUGGCGCUGUCCAAUUCCAUCUCCACCGUGCUACCACUGACACAGCUGAAAUGGAGCAAGCAGACCAAUGCUGAGAAAAAAGCUAACGUGGUGACGCUGCCAGUGUAUUUGAAUUUUACACGUGCCGAUUUGAUCUUCACGAUUGAUCUUGAAAUUGCCACCAAAGAAGGUCCUCACAGCUUCUAUGAGCGUGGCGUUGCCAUACUCAGCACAGAGUAGACCUGCGUCUCAAGCUGUCGUACAUUCGGCUUUAAAUGCAUGUUUUGCUUAAAAUUAAGUUUAGUGGGAGCUGGCGUACAGAUUGGGGGUAAUACUGUAAGUGAAGUGCGGGAUGCAAAAUGAAGGACUUGGCAAGUAGACACAAUGGCUGAGGUGAAUGGAUUUCUAGUUGGAUAUGGGAAAGUUGUGUAAUGUGAAUGAAAGGAAUGAGCAGGUUAACAUGAAUAAUGAACAGCUAUUUACUGCAGAAUUAGUAUUGUAGGUGUGCUGGAUAUUGUAAUGGUACUAAUUUUAAGCUAAUAAAUGUGCAUGAUCUGAA